UGUGUUUCUCAAUGAAUGUUCAACCAAGCAGUAGACUAGCCCACCUCACCACAAUGGCUCAUCAAUAUCUGAACACUAUAGCCCUACUCUGCCUCAUGCUAGCUGCCUUCAUCAGCGGCUCUAAUGCCGGUGUGAUCUCCGUGUACUGGGGUCAGAAUGGAAAUGAAGGAAGCCUAGCAGAUGCUUGUGCCACUGGCAAUUAUGGAAUUGUGAACAUAGCUUUCUUAUCCACCUUUGGUAAUGGCCAGACCCCGUCACUCAAUCUCGCUGGCCACUGUGAUCCUGCCUCUAAUGGUUGCACUGGUUUGAGCUCCGACAUUAAAGCUUGCCAGAACCAAGGAAUUAAGGUCAUGCUCUCUAUUGGAGGUGGUUCAGGAAGCUAUUUGCUUUCCUCAGCUGAUGAUGCCAGGGAAGUUGCGAAUUACUUGUGGAACAAUUUUCUUGGUGGUCAAUCAAGCUCACGUCCAUUAGGUGACGCAGCUUUAGAUGGUAUUGAUUUUGAUAUUGAGGGAGGCACUGCACAGAACUGGGACGAACUGGCUAAGGCCUUAUCAGGAUUUAACCAGAAAGUGUAUUUAUCAGCAGCUCCUCAAUGUCCGUACCCUGAUGCGUGGGUGGGUGGUGCAUUAAGUACUGGCCUAUUUGAUUACAUUUGGGUCCAAUUCUAUAACAACAAUCCUUGUGAAUAUUCUGGUAACGGAGACAGCCUUAAGAGCAGUUGGAAUCAGUGGACAUCAAAUCAACCUUCAAGCCAAGUAUUUUUGGGACUGCCUGCGUCUCCUGAAGCAGCUGGGAGUGGCUAUAUUGCUCCUGAUGUGCUUAACUCUCAGAUUUUACCGUCUAUUAAGACUUCUUCAAACUAUGGAGGUGUCAUGCUUUGGUCAAGGUAUUAUGACAAAGACUAUAGCUCCGCUAUUAAGCCAAACGUUUGAUUAAACUACUGCUUUUUCUUCUUCGACUUAAUUUCAGCUUAAACAAAAAGGUUCUACCUUAGUACUCUGAUGAUGUAAUAAUACUAAGGACUCCGAAUUUUCAAUAAAAUUAUACCACGCAAAGGAUUCUAUUAUAAAUAGUUAAAAAGAUCAAUUAUCUAUCAA